UAACCCACUGCCAAUUGCCUCAAUUGCCAAGAUCGGGUUACUACAGUCAGACGACGACAAGCUACUCAGCCAUCAUACAUCCGAUUCGACAGUCGCUCCACCGAUUCAAAUCCUGCCACAUAAAGAACAUGCAUAUUCUAGUUACCAACGAUGACGGGCCUCCUGGCCCAGCCUCUCCUUACGUUCACAGCCUAGUCCGUGCACUACAGAAGGCUGGACACAUCGUUUCCGUGUGUCUUCCUGAUACUCAGCGAUCGUGGAUAGGCAAGGCACAUAUGAUAGGACAGACUGUUAAGCCCGUGUACUACCGCCCGCCUAUCACCUACAACACUCUAGACGACGCGAUGCCGCAAGGGACAACUCAUCGGUUUCCGAGCCGCGGUCGUGACGCCGUUGAGGAAUGGGUUCUCGUGGAUGGGACGCCGGCGUCGUGUGCCCAGAUCGGUCUACACCACGUAUUCCGUGAACGUGGGCCAAUUGAUAUAGUAGUCUCGGGGCCUAACUUUGGGCGUAACUCGACGGCACUAUUCGCGUUGAGUUCGGGGACUUUAGGUGCGGCAAUGGAGGCUGCUGUCUGCAGACGUCGAGCUAUCGCGCUGAGCUAUGCGCACUUCAAAGAUCGACAAGAUCCCAAGGACCCCGCCAUCAUUGAGCAGGCGACGCGGCACAGCGUGCGCGUCAUCGAGGCACUGGCCUCGCAGUGGCCUACCGACGAGUCCGUAGACUUGUACACGGUCAAUGUGGCACUGCUUCCUGGGCUUGAGAAUCGCCGCACCAUCUUCACACCCAUGCUGCAGAAUUACUGGGGCGAUGGCGGUACGUGCUUCACCGAGGUUGAAGGCAGUGUAGGUGAUGAAGAUGAAGAGGAGGAGCGUAUUCGCGGCACUGAAGGUUCGAGCAAGGUGAAUGGGGCGAAGGCAGAAGGUGAUGAAGAGGACGACGAAAAUAAGGGAUUAAUACAUAGACACUUCAAAUGGAAGCCGAGGUUUGAGGAUGUCUAUCAGAGCGUAGAGGAGGCACCCCCAGGGAAUGAUGGGUGGGCGGUCAAAGAGGGCCACACAAGUGUCACACCAAUGAAGGCAAACUUUUGGCAUGCAGCGUCUCAUUUACAUGGGAAAGAGUUAGAUUUGCAAUAUCACAAGUCCAUUGAAGAAAAGCUAUCCCCGUCUGACGUAACCAGCGAAUCGACGCUUGUCCUACGCCCAAAGGACCAGUUCCACGCACUCGUCGCCUACGAAGACGCCUAUGUCCAGCCCCUCAUCAUAUCCGCGCUCGAGACGCUAUUCCCGCCGGAAACUUUCACUGUACUUGCUAAGGCAGCCGAUGCUGUCAAAGAUGAAGCCAUUUCAUUGGCUAAGAUUUUACCGCACCCUAGUUCAAAUGUCCUGCAAAUAACACCCUAUGAGGCCAUCGACUGGGACUUUGUUGCCGCGCAUUCAAACACAUGCCUGGUUAAUAGCUACAUGUUGCGCAAAGCUCUGAUACGGAAACAUUACCUCGCAGCGACUGUGGAACAAUGGGUUGCAAAGAGGCCACAGUCCAUACUCAAGGACCAUGUGAAACGCUCUGAGGCGUUCGAGGUCGACUAUGCUGAGUUUUUGGACGACGCACUCGUCGAAGCGUUCGAUCUCAGGGCCAGUCUGGAAAGAAACGAGAAUUUGCUGAAUAAGGACGAGAGAGAGGCAAAGGAGGCAGGAAAAGGGGGUAUUGAAUGGUGGAUUCUCAAGCCAGGUAUGAGUGAUCGCGGACAAGGGAUCCGCCUCUUCUGCACGAUGGCCCAGUUACAAGAUAUCUUCGACGGGUGGGAGGCCGAGAGACCAGAUAGUGAUGACGAGGGCGAAGACGCCGAUGACGAAGACGGGGGCGAUUACAUCGCCACGUCACAGCUUCGCCAUUUCGUCGCCCAGCCGUAUAUCGAUCCGCCCCUACUACUCCCUGGAGACGAUCGCAAAUUCCACAUCCGCACGUACGUUGCGUGCGUGGGGGGUCUCGACGUCUAUGUGUAUCGACACAUGCUGGCUCUGUUCGCGGCCAAACCGUAUGUACCACCAAGGUACAGCCCACCACAACAAGACCAAGGACAUGAGGAAUCUUCGCUAUCAGGUGGUAAUAUCGACCUUGAAGCGCAUCUUACCAAUACGUGUCUCCAGCGCUCGGUAGCGGAGAACACGGUCCAGUUAUUCUGGGAUUUACCUCUCUCGGACCUCCCUUCAUCAUCCUCUGUUGGAGAAGAAGAAGGGGGGAGCAAGGGAAGAGACGCCAAGACGCACAUAUUCGAACAGAUCUGCGACCUCACGGGCGAAGUCUUCGAGGCCGCUGCCCGAACUAUGCAGAUGCACUUCAGACCCCUGGAAAACGCCUUCGAGAUCUUUGGACUUGAUUUCCUUGUCGAUGCUGCCGGCGAUGUGUACCUACUCGAGGUUAACGCGUUUCCCGAUUUCAGGCAGACGGGCGACGAGUUGAGGGAUGUUGUUGCGGGGCUGUGGAAGGAGGUGCUUGGACGGGCUGUCGGAGGCUUCUUUGGGGGUAGGGGUGGCAGCGGAAGGGAUGGAGAGGCUGGAGACCUUGUUCUUGUCCGGCAAGUGGAUUUGGGGUGGUGAGAUUAUAGGCAUAAAGAGAGGUACUGUCGGUGUUAUAUACCGUGCUGAGAACAACACGGGGAUCUGAUAGCUGUUCGUCGUUAUGCCCUCACUCCGGUAUUUGCACUGAGUUGAAUGAGGCCACGAGUGCAGUCUUGAGUCGUUCGCGUCGAUCUUGAAAAUCCAGCACAAAGGUAAUCUUUUAUUGGUGUUAUAUGCGGGAAAUUCAAUACAGAUACGGGGAAGGGAGGUCGAUGGUAGGUACACAGAUGACUCAAGAUAGCAUCGCUCACAGGACAUAGACAUCAGUACAUUGUAGCAGCUAUUAGUUAUCGUUAGAUACACGAAUUUCGAGUUGACUUGAAGAGUUUGUAAUUGGUCUCUACAAUGGCUUGGUGGCUUCUAUUAACGAGGUUUUGGAGUAACCACCCAGCUGGCUAGGGAGGUCGAGAUGGGUAUGAAUAGAGUGGUUUAACUCUUGUGCGGGUUGAAUGUGCAAUUUUAUUUUAUUUUUGACCAAGAUCACUAUAUAUGUAUUCUAAACCCUGAACAGUACUUUUGGAGUGAAUGUGAACUGUCGCACAUACUAACAGGCAACCAGCUGGUCUGUUGACUCAUGCUACCAAUCCCUCGGUUUACUAUGUAAAUGGAUGACUGAGAC